UCUGUGCGCAGAGCAGAUUGCAAAGGAGCCAUGGCCAAGGCGGGUCCCUGUGCUGCCCCUGCUGCUGCCUCCUUCCUGCUCCCUUCUUCAGCCAGGCUUUUCCUGGGCCCUGCUGCCUCUGCCUUGGCUCUCCCUCGGCGUCCCAAGUGUGCCAGGUGCAGGAACCACGGCGUCCUCUCGGCGCUGAAGGGCCACAAGAGGCUCUGCAGAUGGAGGGACUGCCCUUGCCCCAAUUGCGCCCUCAUCGCCCAGAGGCAGCGCGUCAUGGCUGCCCAGGUGGCCCUCCGCAGGCAGCAGCAGCAGCAGCAGCAGGGCCAAGAGGAGCAGCCACAGCCAGCAGCAGCACCCCCCGCUUGCCACAGCUGCUGCCCGGAGCUCCAACCAGAAGAAAAGAUUCAGAAGUCUGACUUCAACUGCAAUGAAACAGGCAGUUCUGUAGCCCAUGUGCCCAUAUCUUCUCUGAGGUCCUCUCCUGAAACUUCUGGAGGCCAUAGAGAGAAGCCACCUGGCAUACAGAUUCUAGAUGAAGAGGCAAUGGUUCAUCCUUCAGGACCUGAUGAGUCUUUAGGAGGAACAGACAGUUCAACAUCUCUAACGUCUUCAGACAUGGAAUCAGGAAAUGAAAGUGAAUGCCCCAAGGACUUGGCUACCUUUCCUGUCAGUGUUUCUGCUGCUCCUGCUACUGGUGCUUCGAGAAGGAGAGAUCCACUUGACAUCCUUAUCAAGGUCUUUCCCAAUCACAAGCAGAGUAGAUUAGCAAAAGUUCUGCAGUUCUGCAGAGGAGACAUAGUCCAAGCUAUAGAGCAGAUACUGAAUGUGAAUGAAAAGGAACAAGGACUUAGAGAGCAUGGGAUCUCACCUUUGCCUGAAUGUUGUGCUUUCCAGCGAUCCUCUGAUUUUAACCUCUUAGGAGUGCAUGCCAAAGCACCUGGCAGUAAAUCAGCAUUUGCUCCUCUUCAAACUGGUCUGCCUUCUUUGGGGGGAGAGGUGAAUUUUUAUGGUCUAAGUCCUAGACUGGGAAUCAGACCUCUGAGAUUGGCAUACUCCCCUCCAGGAAGAGCUGUCCCUGGAUUGAUGUCUCCCUACCUAAGGACUGGCCUCUUCCCUGCUUUGCCUUUUCACCCAGCUGUGGACUAUUCCUUCUCAGGAGUGAUCAAAGAUGCAUCCUAUUUCCCCAAUAAAGACAUGAUAGUCAGUAGUAAGAUUUAUACCAGAUUAAAUGAACAAAACAAAUAGCAGCCUAAUCACAUCUUUAGUUUUGUAGUACUUAUUCCAGUUAUUGAGGUGUGCUGACAUUACUGUUGAAAGAUACUAUCUUCUUGUAAAGAACUAUUAAGCAGCUUUUAAAACUUUGUAUUUUUUACAAAUAGGCUUUAGUGGGAUUCUUCAUUUUGACAUAAAACAAUUUGAAAGCCAAGAGAAUCCAAGAAUAUCAACUGUGACAUGACUUAUUAGAAUUAGCACUGUUUUUAGAUACAAACUUUCUUAUAUAUUUUCAUACUUUUGGGAGUGGGAAUGCGAGAUUUAAGAGAUUGUGAGAGAAAAUGCAAACUGAAUUACAGAAGAAACCCAAUAAAUUAUA